GCAUCAUUGUGCGUCUCUUUGGCCGACCGGCUCAGGGGUCAAGGGGGUCUGCUUCGAUCGGGAUCUCACUUCCAUUUUUGGCCUGCCCAUCACGGCGGGUUCACUAACACAUUUCGAUCGGACAGAGAUCGAGAAUCGGGCUCGGAGACAUGGCCAGUCUCAAGAGGAGUGCUUGUCUUAAGACACCGGCUUCUCCGUUCGUUUCCCUCCAUCCUCCUCCAUGCAUUAUUCCCAGCCAAGUCCGUCAGAAGACAUCGACGACACGGUCUUCAAGCUCGAGGACCCCGAUGAUGGUGGGCGCGUCUCCACAUCUCCCAUAGCCGUUUUCUCAUGUAUUGCGGCCGCAGAGGAUCACACCCUGACCUCGCAGACCUUGAACGCGGACGGCACGCCCAAACGACCCAUGAAUGCGUUCAUGAUCUUUGCUCGCCGUAGACGCCCUCAAGUCUCUUCCGAGAACCAGUCUAUGCGCACUGGCGACAUCUCUAAGAUCCUGAGCCUGGAAUGGAAGUCCAUGCCUACGAGCGAGAAGCAGUAUUUCCAAAACCAGGCGAAGCUGCUCAAAGCCUCGUUCAACGAGCGGUACCCUGACUAUGUCUAUCGUCGCCGCCCAAACAACACACGCAAACGUCGGCGCUCGGACGCCGCAGCCUCCACGGGCUCCGCAUCUUCCCAUUCCCCUUCCACCUCCCCGGCGUCUUUCCCUGGUCCGUUGCCGCAGACCAAAGGCGGUGACAGCGAUGAUGCGAGCAGCCCAAACACGGACGGCGAGGAGUACACAUCUCGAAUGUCAUACUCCGGAUCGUACAGCAGCCCCGCAUACAGCGGCGGCUACUCUGGUAGCUAUAGCCACGCCCGCAGCACGUCGUACCCAUACCCGCCAAUGCAACAUGCCCACCGCCAUCCGCCCAGUUACGACUCAGCUCAUGCCGUCAACUCUUCCUUCUACCCGUACGAUUCCUCGCAAUCCUCGCCUGCCACGCACCAGUCGUACGGGGCCAGCUUGCGGAAAGUGCAGAGUAUUCCCUCCAUUCCAUCGAUGUCCCUGCCGUCCGGUCCGUCACCCUCAAUGAUCGGGCUGGAUAUGUCCCCGCCGUUGGGAUGGUCUCCCCUACCGUCGUCUGGCAUGUCUGCUCACUCGUCCUAUUCGUCGAGCUCCUCCUACUCUCCGGCCCUUGGGACGCGGAGCACGUCGGCUUCCUCCGAACACUCCGCCUCCUCAUACCCUUCUUUACCCCACUCUCCCGGACCAUCAUCUAGUGCUGCCCGAUACUCGCCCUUUCACUCGAGGAGUGGCAGUUCCGGAUACAAUACCCAGUCUCCUACUCCUUUCUCCACCGGAUCAACGUCGUACACGGGGAGUUCCGUGCCCCGCUCACUAACGGAAUCGGGGUCUCCCCUAUUGCCUGGAUUGAAUGCGUACUUCAGCGGCUCUGGUGGCACGGACUUUGGCUCGGGCUGGCGGUCGGAGACGACCGUGAAGCUAUUGUGAACUCCUGUUAUUUUGCAUGUCACCUCCCUCUAGGCACCAACGCGAAAAUGUAUCAUACUGAAUCAUUGUCUAGCACAGCUAUAUAUCCCACUCCCACUGUACCAGUAUUUUCUGUAGUCGUAUCUUCAUUGGGGCUUCCACUUUUUUUUUUUUCGCGCGCGUUACACGGGGGAGAUACGAUCAGGUCCUGCGGGACCCUUGCCGCUUGAGCUCCUCGCAUAAGUGUUGGAAUGGUCAGUUCUUCGAUUGUGUCCAACAAAGGGACGCAAACUGGUCAAAA